AUACGUAGAGUCAUUAGAUAAUGCUGGAGAUAGUUAUAAAAGAAUAGGCGGAUGCGUUCAGGUCAUCAUUUCGUUGUGUGCUGUCGAAGGAGAACCAUGAUGUUCCUGCUGCUCACCGUAGCCUGCGCAGUGGCCGUCUCAGCCGUGCCCUUUGCCCCCAUCCCGCCAUACGGCGGCGGCAUGGGCUUGGGCAUGGGCAUGGGAAUGCCCAUAGGCGGCGGGCUGGGCAUGGGUGGUGUCGGUGGCGGCCAGUACGGCGGUGGUCAGCAGUUUGGUGGGGGCAGCUCCGGGUUCGGAGGUGGUUCUUCGAUGGGAGGCGGACAGCAAGGAUUCCAGCAAGGUGGACAACAAAGCAGCUUCCAUCAGGUAACAUCAGCCCAGCAGUCAUCUGGUGGAGCCUCAGGCGGGUCCUCCGGCUUCGGAUCCCAGCAGGGCGGCGGUGGCUUCAACAACUACGGACAGGGGGCAUCCGGCUUCGGGGGAAGCGGUUUCGGCAAUUCACUAGUCGGAAAGUAGAUGAUGAUGAUGGCUGAAUUUCCAAUGAAGAUUUUCUACCAGAUUUCAAGGAUUUCGUGAGGCAAGGAAAAAAUGCU